GGGCUUGCAUUUUGCGUUUGACUUUGCUCGAGUCGCAAUGUCUCGCUCCGUGGCGGUGGCGGUGGCGUUGGCCUUGUUCAUGCUACUCUUUCUGACCGGUCUGGACGCUGACCCGCGUUCUCCGAAAAUUCAAGUUUAUACACGGCACCCAGCUGAGAAUGGAAAACCGAACUUCCUCAACUGCUACGUAUCUGGGUUUCAUCCACCCCAGAUUCAAAUAGAUCUGUUGAAAAACGGACAGAAGAUAGAAAAAGUCGAGCAGUCGGACCUCUCUUUCAGCAAGGACUGGUCCUUCUAUCUUCUGGUGCACACUGAAUUCACCCCCAAUGAUAAAGAUGAAUACGCAUGCAGAGUUACACAUGAAACUCUGAAGGAGCCCAAGAUAGUGAAGUGGGACCGAGACAACUAACCAGCAUCCUGGGACUAACCAACAACACAGAGGACUGAAGAUGCUUUAUUUGGACUGGACUAAUUUCGAAUUAUUUUCUUUCUUUCUCAAGUUGAUAUGCAAAUACACUUUAUGCACGUAGGAAGUUGCAAUGAUGUAAUAGUAGUCUUCUUAAUAAUUCUACUUUAGGAACUAUCCUUGUGUUUGUCUCUCCCUGGUGUCCAGCAAAAAAUUCAGAAAUUAUAGACUAACAUUUGGGUAAUAGGUGUCUUAUAAGAAAUAAUAAACUAUCUAUGACUACUUUGAUUGGAAA